AUGUACACUGCCGUGGUGUCACCUGAAGCAAAUGGUGGCCAGCCCACAGAAUUGCUAGACGAAGUGGAUGAAGCCAUUUUCCGACUAGCAAACCAGUUGGAAGACUCUAUUUCUUCCUCCCAGCGGGUAAAUAUGCUUUCCCACUUUUGCACUGCGUUUGAAGGUGAAGCAAGUCUUCCUCUCCAGACUGUCAUCGAUUCUCGUUUGCUGGACCACUGCAUCGCCCUUUUGCAAGACCAGCAGAAUAAUAUUGCAUUGAUUGUCCAAGUUAUAAACGUUUUGAAACUAAUGGCAAAAAAAUCCCCCGGUGGUGCGGAAGCCAUGAUAAAAAAAGAUGUGUUUCCUGUUCUUGUUGGACUCUUUGACCAUGGCGAUGGUUCUGUCCGUGAUGCAGCGGGUUUGUGCACUUGCCAUAUAUCAAAGGCGGUUGCCAAGAACCGCCACCGCGGUGUCAUCGCAGAUAAUGUCAUCGCAGAUAAAAUGAUUGAAAUGAUUGGUAUUGAUACCAUUCCACGGAUGAUUGCGAUGUUGGAUCCAAUGCAUGAUCUGACUAUUCGUUUUGGUGCGAUGUCUGUCUUGUCCCUCUUCCGUCGUUGCCAUUCGCAGAUAGGCUUUCAAUCCUUGCAACCUCUCGUUCAAUGCUUUGUCAAUUUGUUGUCGAUCGAGACUCAUCAUGAUGAUGAUGAUGAUGAGGAAACAAGGCAAUUGCGCCUCGAAGCAACAACCGGACUUAAUAUGUUGUUGCUUGGUGAUGAAAUGUUCGCCCAAGAGAUUAUGGCACUCAACACUGUUGACAGACUGGUGCCACUCUUGGAAGUCCCCCAGAACCGGAAUUCUGAACAUUCAAUGCUCCUACUGACCCGUAUCAUUACCCUUUUCCAUAUCCUUGUGGACAAAACCGAAGGGGAAACCCGAGAAAAUAUUUGCUUUUUACUCCUGCCACACUUCCGAUAG